GUCAUUGCGUUCAGUUGGUAAAAGUGAAGCGUUUCGUGCGGUUGUCCCAACUUCUACUAUAUAUCUGCUAUAUAAUCAGCAUCAGUUGGAUUUCUGUGCUGCCAUCAAGUUUUGGAAAUUCCGCUUGUGUUUUUUCGUUUUGCAAGAAAUCCAAACAUGUCCGUGCUGCGAGCACUUCUGCUGCUGGCACUGAGCGCCACAAUGGCUCUGGCCCAGCGUCGCCUGGCCCUGCCCGAUCCGAGGAGCUGCGCCAACCGGGUGCGCCAUGCCACCUACCGCGAUGCCAGGGGUGUAUCCCACUCGUACUUCUUCAGUUGGGAGCAUGCACCUACCCGCAGUCUGGAGGUCGACUGGCUGGACGCGAGGAACAUCUGCCGCCGGCACUGCAUGGACGCCGUCUCCCUGGAGACGCCACAGGAGAAUGACUUCGUUAAGCAGCGUAUUUCUCGCGGCAAUGUGAGGUAUAUCUGGACCUCGGGCAGGAAAUGCAACUUUGCCGGUUGCGACAGGCCCGAUCUGCAGCCACCCAAUGAGAACGGCUGGUUCUGGUCGGGAUCCGGAGCCAAGAUUGGACCCACCUCGCAGCGUAAUACUGGUGACUGGUCGCACACGGGCGGAUACAACCAGCCCCAGCCGGACAACCGAGAGGCGGCCCAGGGCAAUGACGAGAGCUGCCUGUCCAUCCUGAACAACUUCUACAACGAUGGCAUCAAGUGGCACGAUGUGGCAUGCCACCACAUCAAGCCAUUCGUGUGCGAGGACUCCGAUGAGCUGCUGAACUUUGUCCGCUCCCGGAAUCCCAAUGCCCGCUUGUAAUUCUAAUUUAGCUUAAGCCUGAAGAGAUGAUUAAAAUUUACAUAUUUAUGUAGCCUUAAACGGAA